AUGCGUUUGGAAAUUUCUCUAAUUAAGAAAAAUGAGGGACCCCGGUGGCCAGAGCUAAUAGUUGGUGACACAAGAGGAGAAUUCAUUAUGGACUCUUCCCAAUGCUCUGAAAUAACUGAAAGCUUGAUGCAUCUUACCUCUGAAGUAAUGAAUCCAAACCCUGAAAAGGAAAACCCACCUUGUAAUGCUCAAGAAUUAGAAGAAUGUGAUGCCUUUCUUGAAGACAGCGCAAGCCUGUGCAGAUUUGAUGGUGAUACCUUGAAAGUCACUCAUGUAAUUAAUCUUGGAAGCAACCAGUAUCUUUUCUCAGUUGUUGUGGAUCCCAGAGAAAUGCCAUGCUUCUGCCUGAGGCAUGAUGUUGAUGCUCUUCUCUGGCAGCCCCACUCUGACCAACCAGAGAACAUGUGGGAACACAUUGCAACUUUUAAUGCUUUAGGUUAUGUCCAGGCAUCAAAGCAAGACAAGAAGUUCAUGGCUUGUGCUCCAGAUUACUCCUACGCUGCUCUUUGCGAGUGCUUGCGGAGAGUUUUCAUCUAUCGUCAGCCAACUCCCCUGUCCACAGUUCUCUACAACAGGAAGGAAGGAAGACAAGUAGGACAGGUUGCUAAGCAGCUAGUAGCAACCCUGGAAGCCAACGAUCCUAUCUUAGGCUUUCAAGCUACAAGUGAGAGAUUAUUUGUUCUCACAACAAAAACCUUGUUUUUAAUAAAGGUCAACUCUGGAAAUUAAUUAUUCAGUAUAGUCUGCUGUAGUUUGUGUUAACAAUUUGUUGAAGAACUGGCUAGGUAAAUGAUCUAAGAAGUUCAGUACAAUUUGCUGAAGUUUAAAAAGGAGAUAUUUUACAGGGGAAUCAAAAUUUUUCAUUAGAAUUUGUCUGUAAGAUGGUGAGACAGUUUUUCAGCUUUGCUGUCACUGAAGUAAGCUUUUUCAGAGCUAUGGGAAAAUGUCUUCUGCGCUAACAGCUUUCUCAAAGUAAUUGUCAGAGACUGCUAUUGCAUAGGUGAAUAGAUUUAUGCAUUGUUUUUUCAAAAUGACUGUGUUUGCCAUACUUAGGAGUUUUGAGAAUUCACUUCUGUUUUUAAAUGCUGCUGUUUACCUAUGAAAGAAGUA